AAACAUAGUCAUAACCUCACCAGCAAAGGUGGAAAAUUAUUUGUAACGUGUGAUUAAAAGACACCAAUUCAGUUGAGACUGCGUGUUAAUAUUUAAGACUGCAUUAAUCAUUAUAAACAAUGACGACUGCUUAUGGAAUACAUCUGGGAAACAACUCUGCUUGUCUUGCCUCGUUUACCAAUGGUGCUGCUACCGUGAUCGCUAACGAUGCCGGUGACCGAGUGACCCCAGCAAUCGUCGCUCUCAACGGUUCGGAAUGGGAGAUCGGACUUACCGCUAAAUCUGGUCAGGCUCUGACGAAGGUCAUAAUCAAACAUAACAAGCGCCUGAUGAACUGUGAUUACAAUGAAGAAGAUCUGUCCUACGUCGAAACUUCAUCAUCUUGCCGCAUUCAAAACGAAGAUAAGCUGACAUACGAGUUUGAAACAAGUGAAACUACACAGUAUUCUAACCCAGAUAACAUUGCAACUAAGAUUUAUGCUAAAUUGUUCACUAUUGCCAGCCACUCUAUGAGGAGUGAAGGAGACUUGAAGUUGGUGUUAGCAGCCCCUUUGCAUUGGUCAAAUGAAAGCCGAGACAGAUUGGUUAAAUCAGCUGAAUUGGCUGGUUUUGAUGUAUUACAAGUGAUAAGUGAGCCAGCAGCUGCACUAUUAGCUUACAAUGUUGAAGAGACUGAAGAUGAUAUUAAUGUCUUAGUUUACCGCCUUGGUGGGUCAUCGUGUGAUGUCUCCAUCCUAAAAGUUUCGAGGGGAUUCAUAAGUGUUGAAAAAAGUAUAUUCCGCUCCGAUCUAGGUGGACAGUGCCUUACAAAAGACUUGGCACAUUAUAUUGCUCAAGAAGUGAAGCAGAAGUGGAAAUUAGAUCCCGAAGAAAGUAAGAGAGCCAUGGCAAAGUUAAUGCUCCAUUCAGACAACUGCAAACAUGUUUUGUCCACAUUGAGUUCAGCUCAUGUCUUUAUUGAGUCAUUGAUGGAUGGUGUUGAUUGGAGCCAAAACAUUUCUCGGGCAAGAUUUGAAAACAUUAUUUCUUCAAAAAUAUCUGCAUAUAUAGAGCCAGCUCAGAAACUGAUUGAAAACUUUGAUGGGAAAAUCCACAAAAUUGUUCUGAGUGGAGGAAGUAUGAAGAUUCCAAAACUACAAUCUGCGAUUGCCAAUUUAUUGCCUGAAGCUGAAGUACUUUCAGGAAUCAAUCCCGAUGAAGUUAUUGCUAUGGGAUGUGCUAAACAAGCUGGCAUGUUAUUUGAAAUUCCUGAUGUUAAUUUGCACGAUAUGAGUGCUGAAGUAGAAUUCUUAGGGAAAGAUAUUUAUCUUAAAUACCUGGAUCAAACAGUCCAAAUAUUUAAAGAAGGCACACCUCCAUUUGCUCAGAAUACUUGUAGUAUAGAUGCUGGCAAAGAUAUCAAAGAUAUAAGCUUCAGUUUACUGGAUAAUCCUGAGGGUGAUGAGUUUGCGAAAGAAACAUUCAAUGUAGAAAGCUUGACCAAACCAUUUACAUUGAAAGCCACAUUGCAGAACUCCAAAAUAUUGUUACAAGUUGAAUAAAUUAAUAUUUUCUUAAUA